AUGCCAACGCCAUCGCAGUUUCCAGCGCUUCAGCCAUCUGAGCUACAGGACCGGCUCCGGUUGGCGAAGACGCAGUUUGACGAAAAUGUGGAGACGCUCCACGAGGAGUUCGAACGCGUGCUCUCACAGGCGCAUGAGUGCGUGAGGUUCUUUGACACUGCGGCUCGCGAUGCCCUUAGCGCCAACGUGGAUGAUCCUUCUUGUGGUACAUCCCUUCGAAACUAUGGCGAUGCGAAUGUGAAGGAUACUGCUCACAAAGUGGCUUGCCCAGGAUGGUGUGCAACACAGCCAGUAGAAGUAACCAGUGGUCACUGCUGUCGGGCUCACAACGCAAAACGAUGGAGAAUAGACUGGUGCAGCGGUCAGAAUCUCCGUUUCAGAGUUUCGAAAGACCUCCAAACCCACGGCGGCGGCUUGUAG